AUGCUCAACAACCUCACCGCGACAGCCCUCGGAGGUCACAAAGAGUCGUGCCAAGAGGACAGCAAGCCGCACGAGAUAAAGCCGAGUCUAGAUCGGCCGCACCAUGCGCUGGGCGUCCGGCUGCACGCGGCACACAACGUCCGCCCAGAACACUUACAGGGUGGGAUCCAUCAGCAGCACAGCGGAGGGCACAUGUCCACCGUCCCGGUCAGCAUGUCCUCAUCAGCAUCAGACAGCGACAAGCCAGCCAAGCAGAAGAGGCACAGAACGAGGUUCACGCCGGCGCAACUGAACGAGCUGGAGAGAUGCUUCUCCAAGACUCAUUACCCUGACAUCUUCAUGAGAGAAGAGAUCGCUAUGAGGAUCGGCCUCACCGAAAGCCGAGUCCAGGUCUGGUUCCAGAACAGACGGGCGAAGUGGAAAAAGCGCAAGAAGAGCACCAAUGUGUUUAGAUCUCCAGGAGCGUUGCUUCCCUCACACGGCUUACCACCGUUCGGGGCUGGGGACGUCUGUGGACCUGGUGUCUUUGCAGACAGGCCUUGGUCGAUGCCCGCUGGUCUUGGGCAACUCUCGCAGUCGGGAGUGUCGAUGGGAGGUUUCGGUGCGGGCACCCUGCCGCAGCUCGCCGCGGACCUGAACCCCUCGCUCCCGAUCAGCUCAGUGGCGUCGGGACAACCUUACCAGGGACACUAUCCGCUGAACUCUUUAGGAGACACGAUGAUGUCCUACUGUAACAACAUAGCGAGCGGACAACAGGCCUUGGAGGGCUCCCCCACCCCCCCGCACAUGGGACACUGCGCCAACAACAACGCGUCGCCCGCGGGGGGCGGCGGGGAGUGCGAGGCGGAGGCGUGGCGCGGACACAGCAUCGCCGCGCUGCGCCGCCGCGCCUCCUCGCUCUCGCACAUCCCGCCCUACCUCCAGCUCAACUACGACGCGCACAGCCCGGUCUACUGA